AUGAUUGUUGGUUAAUUAAGUAUAAAAUAAUAAUUAUUAUUAGUAUCAAGUCAAUAAUAUAGAAUAACACGAUGCUAUUUUAUACAAUUAAAAUCUGAGGAAAAAUGUAUUAAAAUGUCUCAACAAUAUUUUAAUGAGAUAGUACAAAAAAGUUUGUUAAAUUUCAAAAACAACUACCCUCCAAUACCUAGUUAUGCAACAUAUUAUGAUUCAUUUUCUAAAACUGAUUGUCGAAAAGCGGCACAUUGUACUUAUUGUUGGAAUUAUUCAGCUUGUGCAUAGGUGGAAAACAAAUUUACAUUUUUUUAAAGUUGUGGAGCAUUUGCUAAAAAAUCAGAUUAAAAAUGUUAAGCAAUAAGUAAUAGAUUUAAAUCAGAUGGAACUCUUUUAAUGGAAAUAGAUGAUUGCACUACUUAUAAAAAAUAAAUAGUUUGUAUUAAAAACACUGUAGGAAUUCAUGCUAUUGGAAUUCAACAAGUAAUACAUGUGUAGAUCUAACACUUGUGAUAAAUUACCAUAAAGUUUAAUUUCUGAAAAAGUUUGCAGAGAUGCCAUAAUGACAUGUACUACAAAGAGUGAAGAUGGAUGUAUAAUAACUGUAAAUAAUUAUUGUGAUUCAAAAUUAGAAAGAUAAUGUGUUUGGAAUUAAUCAAAAACAACAGUUUAUUAGUGGGAUAAAGCAAAAAUUGUAAAGAUAGAAAUUGUGA